AUGUUCCUCGCACAGCUCCUGGAAGACUUCUGCUGCCUCAUCCUACAGUGUACCGGUCUACGUUUGGGCCGACGCCGAAGGCAUAUGUUUGCAGGCGAUUUCGAGGCAGGAAGGGUAUCGUCCGUCAUCCCCUCGGACGAGGUGACUAGAGCUACUUCUGUCAAGGAAGAGUACGAUCGCAUCUUAGCGGCUUUUGACUUCGCAUAUCAGCUCGGCAUGACCUACGACACACUGCCUUUCUGGAUGCACUUCGUCGUCAGCGCGGCAGUGCAGCUGCACACCAUCUUGGCUCUCAUCUUCUUCAUCAACGGCCUGAACUAUAUGUUGGGCUUGUGUGCGACACCACGAUACUAUGGCCAAGGGAAUGCACGAUUGUGGUGGCCGAUAACUGAUACAGACAACUUCUGUGCUGCUGGCUAG